AUGGCCAAGCGUGCCCGAAAGUGCAAAGCUGCGGCCGUUUCCCAGGGAGGCCGUCGUUGCCGCAAUGACGCGAAACAUCCACGCCCACACAACCUCCACGGCAAGCUUGCACGCUGCAAGAUGCACCAGUCCGACAAGCCCGACUGGAACCAGAACCUGAACAUUGACUACCGCACUGUGAAUCCGCCGUUCGUUCGCGAUUCUAACAGCGAUCAAGACUACGACGAUAACUUUGAGGUCACGGACGAGGAUGUAUCUGAAGAUGAGUCUGACGACACAGAUCACAACGACAAACGUUCUCGCUAUGGGAAAUCUCCCCUUCUGGAUCGUUUCAGCCCCGAUCGGCGUAGCACUGCUGCGAGAUCGCCUCGCGCUUCAUCUCUACGAACGCGAACGCCUACCCCAUCGCGCCGUGUCCGCUCGCACUCUCGGUCGCGCGGCUCAGUUACACCUGACCGUCUCUUCAAAGUCCGCUCGACUGAAAACCUGGACGCCAUUUCGCAGGUCCUCGGUGUAGACCUUGCACAGCAGAUGCUCUCGUCAAACGCCGAUGCUAUUCGCCAACACGAUGAAGUUGCUCGUCUCCAGCAAGGAUACGAUGCCGAUAGGGAAGACGAAUUUGCGACGACAACUCUUGACAGUAUAUCUACCCUGUUCGAUCAAGUCGCUUCUCUCAACCACUCAAUCGCCACGAUGUCAAUCGUCAGUGCAGGGAUGGCUGAUGGGGUGGAUUCCAAACACGGAGUUGAGAGUCAGGAACGAGAUGGGGUGAGCAUGAGGCAAGAGACGCGGACACGUAAGGGGAAGAGUAAGAUGACGGGAAGAGUGGUGGACAGCAGGAACGGUCGUGGUGAUCGCUACACACCUUUCUGA